GCAGAAGGUAGCCCGGAAAGCGAUUUAGUGAACAGAGAUCCGCAGCAUUUGGUGAAUCAUCAGUCCUUUAUCUUUAUAUCAUAGCCUAUGCUACUCGUUGGGAUGUUUGAUCGAAUCUAAUUUUCCAAAUUUGUACCAACGCUCCUUUGCAAAGGCCAUGUCUUCCGUCUCAAAUAUCCCAUUCGCCGACCCACUUUGGCUCAACCGCUACUACAGCCCCUACUAUAAUGAAUCUCAUCGGCGACUGCAGAAAGAGGUCCGAAAGUAUGUGGACACCCACAUCGUACCAUUCUGUGAAGAAUGGGAGCGGCAGGGAUCUGUACCACCAGAAGUCCAACAGCGUCAUACGGAACUCGGAUAUACUGCCGUAACUGCGUUUCCCCUCGCAGCCGAUUACCUCAAUGGUCAACGGCUUCCCGGUGACAUCAACCCCCGUGAAUGGGACGGGUUUCACGAUCUCGUAGUUAUCGAUGAGCUUGCUCGUUGUGGAUACCUUGGGAUCAUUUGGGCGUUGGGAUGUGGCAAUUCCAUUGGCGGACCUCCUGUGAUCAACUUUGGUAAUGCCGAACAAAAGCAACGGUUUCUUCCGGACAUGCUGAAAGGGAAAAUUAGAUUCUGCCUGGGAGUGACGGAGCCAGAUGCGGGAUCCGACGUGGCCGGUAUUACGACCACCGCCGAGAGGAAAGGCGAUGUGUAUAUCGUGAACGGAGCCAAGAAAUGGAUUACAAACGGUAUCUUCGCGGAUUAUUGUACAGCAGCAGUAAGGACCGCUGGAGAGGGAACUCAAGGCAUUUCAGCACUUGUCAUUCCUCUGAAAGCUCCAGGGGUGAUGUGUAGGAAAAUCGAGAACUCAGGUGUCCAUGCGAGUGGGUCGACAUACAUCGAAUUUGAUCAAGUCGAGGUGCCCGUAGCAAAUUUGCUUGGGCAGGAGAAUAAAGGGUUUCCAAUCAUCAUGAAUAACUUCAAUCAUGAGCGCCUCUGGUUGGCCUGUACUUCUCUUCGCAUGGCUCGCGUUUGCGCAGAAGACUCCUACCGACAUGCAAUCACACGUGAAACAUUUGGCAAGAAGUUGAUUGAAAACCAAAUAAUCAGGUCCAAGUUUAGCGCAAUGGCUCGCAGUCUUGACUCUACAUAUGCAUGGAUGGAACAGCUUGUCUACAUUUCAGAGGCUGCGAAAAAGAGCAAAACCGAUGCUGUAAUGGGUGGGUUGUUCGCAAACCUCAAGGUACUUGCAGGACAGAGUCUUGAAAAAGCCAACAGAGAGGCGCAGCAAGUUAUGGGUGGGCUUGGUUACUCCAAGAAUGGCCGGGGUUCGAGAAUCGAGCAAAUCAGCCGUGACCUGCGAGUGAUGGUUGUUGGUGGAGGCAGUGAGGAAAUUCUGUCUGAGCUGGCAGUCAACCAGGAGGCUAAGGUGAUGAAGAAGCUGCAAAGCAAACUUUAGACGCUUGAAUUCAUUAUUUUUAUUUAUCAACGAGACAACUUAUCAUUC